AGCCGUGGUGACGACGACAGCAGCGACGAACGAUGCUUCGACGGAACCUUAACCGUUCGAGUCACGCAACCUUCUUCGCUUUUCUCCCUACUUGAUACGAGGAUUGGGGAUUUCGCCAAACACAACGACAACGUCGACAGGGUGGAACAAGUUGCUCGGGUGGUGGAGGCUGUCGCUGAUCUCGCCCCCGAACGCAACAGCCGCGGCGGUAAUCGUGAUGGACACGAUAAGGGACGACGUGGAGCUAUCGCACUCGGCGACGACGACGACAGGGUGGAGGCUGUCGCUGAUCUCGCCCCCGAGCGCAGCAGCCGCGGCG